AUGGGCGAAAAAAGUGGACCAGCAAUGAAUACACAUGAAGGGUACACGCCCCCCAUAGUGCCGGGGAUUUAUCGUCCAAAAAACAGGGUACCAGCCUGCGAUACAGUGCCACGAAAGUACACGCGGGCAGUGUUCAAAAAUGGCCAACUAAACAUAGAAACAAAAACCAAUAGACAGAUCCGGCUCUUUUCUAAUUACAUCGUAGCCCUCGUCGAGACACGUUGGAGAUGGACGCUCCUCAAUUACUUCACAGCUUACCUCUCCGUUUGGCUCUUCUUCGGCACCGUGUAUUGGAUAAUCUCCUACAACCACGGCGAUUUCAUCCUCGAGCAUCUCCCACCCAACCAGAAUACCUCAAAUUUUACUCCGUGCGUCAAAAAUCUUUACGGAUUCACGUCAGCGUUUCUAUUCAGCAUCGAAAUUCAUACAACUGUCGCAUAUGGAAAGCGAGCAAUCACCCUCGAAUGUCCUCAGACAAUAACAGCGAUGUGCUUACAGUGCAUUGUCAGCUCGAUAUUCCAGGCAAUCAUGGUUGGCAUACUUUUUGCGAAGUUGACCCGUCCGCGAGGCAGAACUCAGACAAUAUUAUUUAGCAGACAUGCGGUUAUAAAUCUCAGGAACGACAAAUUCUGCCUCAUUUUCAGAGUCGGAGAUAUGAGGAAAUCUAGGAUACUUAAUAUAAAGACUCAAGCUUACGUAAUAAGAUUCAAAACGGAAGAAAAAGAAAUUGAAAUAUCAGAUCAGAUAGAACUGAACGUUGUUAUCGAUGAGUGCGAAUCGACGUUCUUCCUGUGGCCUGUUACUGUUGUACAUUUCAUAGAUGAAAAUAGUCCAUUCUACAGGCUAUCAGCUGCUGAUUUGUUGUGCAGUAAAAUAGAGAUACUGGUAGUUUUCGAGGGGAUAAUCGAAUCGACAGGUCAAUCUGUACAGGCGAGGUCGAGUUUUACGGAGUAUGAUAUAUUUUGGGGUCACCGAUUCUCGACGAUGGUAGGUUAUGAUACUGCGCGGAUGAUGUAUAAUGUGGAUUUUUCUAAACUAUCAGAGAUUCAACAGGUGGAUACACCUUUGUGUUCCGCGUGUGAAUACAGCUGUCUGUUAUCGAUCCUGCCUGACACACCGUUAGAAUCCAUUGGGUCGUGUGAAUUUAAUGAAUGGACAUGA